AAAUAAUUCUGAUUUGGUUGAAGAUGUUGGGAGAUUUCAUCAUCAGAUUCCUUGUAUUAAUAUUAGGGUACACAUACCCAGCUUUCGAGUGCUUUAAAACGGUGGAGAAGAACAAAGUUGAUAUCGAGGAACUCAGAUUCUGGUGCCAAUACUGGAUACUAUUGGCGCUAAUUUCAUCGUUCGAGAGGGUUGGCGAUAUAUUUAUCUCAUGGUUACCUUUGUAUGGAGAAAUGAAAGUGGUUUUCUUCGUAUAUCUUUGGUACCCCAAAACUAAGGGAACGAGACAUGUGUAUGAGACAUUGUUGAAGCCAUACAUAGCUCAGCAUGAGACAGAAAUAGACAGAAAGAUUAUGGAGUUGCGAGCUAGAGCUUGGGACUUUUUCAUCUUCUACUUCCACAACUUUGCCAAGGCUGGUCAAUCCACCUUCAUCCAGGCUUUUCAAUAUCUACUCGCCCAAUCGCUCCGGUUCCCUUCCGCAGCCGCAGCUAACCAACCGCCGAACGUAAAUGUGAAAACGCAGCCACCGGUGGAGACAGAAAGUGAACCGCACUCACCCCCCGCACCUAGAGCGUUGAACAAAUCACUAUCUGCGUUGCGAUCGUUAGAGAAGCAAACGAGCACGGGGAGGAAAUGGCCACCACCGUCGACACCAGGCCGAGAAGCAGCCGGAACGUUCAGCGGAGAAGGAGUAGACAUUCCGGAUACAAUCCCGGGAUCACCCAUCGCCGAGGCUCGAGCCAGGCUUCGCCGUGCUAACUCCAGGUCUCAGGCCGCAGCAUAGUAACGUACAUUAAUUAAAUUAACGUGGAGAAACCCUUUCUAAUUUGUUUUAUAUAGGGAAAGAAAAGUGAAAGUUUUGACAAUGUUUGAAAAAAAACAAAACAAGCUGAACUUUUUGUAUGUUCUUGUGGUUUUGUAAAAUUUAAGCAGAAGAAGUCUUAAUGCAAACGAGAACACUUGUGUGUUGGUCAACCAAACCUGGUGUAGAGCUCAUUUAGCAUAUUGUGACGAUGGAAUUGAAUGGUACAACUCCAACACUGUUUUCACUCUUCAAAAUUCACACACAUCCCGUCCUCAUUAUACAAAUAUAAGUUACAUUUUUUUUAAUCCAACAAAUAAUAUAAACCAUAACUUAAAUAAAGAAACAAUCUGAGGCUUAAUUUCCAAAAUUAAAAAAAAAAAAAAACAGAGUGACUCUCAAAGUAGACGCAAUGCAACAAACUCUAUU